AUGGCUAGCGAUUCGACUGGCGGUGCUUCUACACGGCUGGAACGAUUCGAUGGCUCUGAUCCUAGCCUUUACAAAAGGUGGCGGCGUCGGGCAGCUUUGAUGAUCAUCAGUCUGCCUAAUACAUAUCCUGCUGAGAAAUAUGGUCCGAAAUUGAUCGAGUUCCUGGCAGGCGAGGCCGAGUUGGCGGUUGAACAUAUUCCCGUGGAGGACUUGGCGAAGAGUGGUGGGGAACGCCUAGUGUUCAAGGCUUUGGACGAGCGUUUCAAACCGCUUGAGAAGGACGACAUGAAUGAAGCUCUGAAAGAAUUUUUCUUUGAGACUGCCAUUCGUUCAGGUGAGCCGAUGAAAGCUUUCAUCACCCGCUUUGUCACAGUGGAGCGGAAACUACGUGAGCAGGGCGUGACUUUGCCUGAUGAGGUACAGGGCUGGUUCAUGUUGAGGAAACUUCAUCUUGACACCAACCAGGAGGCAAUGAUCUUGACUGCGACAAGGGGUUCUUUCAAGAUCGGAGAUGUUUCACAAGCAGUGCGGGCCAUUUUGGCCAAUACCAAAGGUACACACAAGACCAACCAGAAGGACACGUUCGUAGUCACUGACGAACAAGAUCGGGACACUGACGUGGGUUGGGACGAAGAUCAAGAACUGCUUCAGGUCCUUGCAGCAGAGCUACAGGAGAACGACAACUAUGAGGAGGAGGAACUCUUGGACACCUUCGAGAGUUACAAGCAGGAGGUGCACAUUGUGGAGGCUGACUGGCCGACACAGGAGGACUAUGAUUUGUUGCUUGAUCAGACAGCGAGCGAGAUUGAGCUGGGGUUGGAUGCCUUCAUGAUCCAGGGCGGUGGAGAGAGCGACGACUCGCAGCGCUCCGUCAUGCUUGACCCGUGGAGCGCUCCUGUGCCGUUGAUUUUUCGUGAGCAGUGUAGUACGGCCUUGGGCCCCAGUACAGUCAUGAACGAUGUACAGCACGUUCAUUUUGAAGUUUUUCAUGAAGAUGACGAUCAGGGCGGUGUGGAAUACACGGCAGCAGCCUUGGAGACACACGGAAUCCCUGAUACAGCAUGUCGUAGGAUGAGCCCAGGCAGCCAUCAGCUGCUAGAGUCUCUCCAGAUGGGGCAUUUGAUGCCGAUGGAUCAACAUCUGGAUCAGCAGUACGACUCGGAGGACGACUCUCCAAGGACCUUCAAGGCCUAUGUGGAGAUGAGAGACAACAAGAAGAUUCACCGACUGAACCAGGAAUCGUUCAGGGGUGUCGGCCAGACGGAGGAGUCAGUGCAGCCUACACCGUCCAGCAGUAUGUGGUUCCACCUCUUCCCCAACGACAGAGCCAUCAGAGAGAGAGAGAGAUUCCAUGUCACAGAUGUCCCAGAGUGUUCAGAGUUGGCAGAUGAUUCAUGCGGCCCCGUGCAGUUCGCUUUCACCACCAGGAAUGACACCAGCACCAAAGAGGAGCGAGGGAGCGAUGAACAUGAGUCGACGACGACGCAUGAGGGACGACGACAUGGAGGUCGAGAAUCAGAGGCACCAGGAACUCCAGGAGUACUGGACGCUGUGGACCAUGGAAUUGCUGAACAAGAACGAAGAAGCCAGGGAGCAUGUGGAAAAGGAGAUCACAUGGAUGCAGAACACGUCCGGUGGGCCACAGAAGGUGGCGAGGAUCCUCUCGAGGUUGGCGGUGAGCAACACCACCCCUCAUCAUGCAGAGGAUGCAUAGAUUCUCCUACAUCCCAUAUGUCGGAUAGUACAGAUGAGUCGAACGACUCACAGUCCGGGGUGGCUGACAUCACCGACAUAGGAGGACAAAGUAUGAACAGGAAGACACGUCGCAAGCUCCGACGUGUGAUCGAGGCACUAGAGAGCUAUGACUGUCACGAGGCAUGGCAAAAGAGCUGCCAGGAUGCUGGCUGGGAAGGUCCUGACAUCUGCGAGGUUUUUUCUGUCCCACGUGUGUCUCAUGAGGGUCGUGACCAUGGGCUGAGAAGUGGUGAUUGUUUUGACCUGCAGUUAGGAGACGACCUGUUGAACCCCGAAAUUCGAAACCAGGUGUAUCGACGCAUCGCGGAGACGAAACCUCUGAUUUGCAUUGUUUGCCCCCCAUGCACCUAUUUUUCCACGAUCCGGCAACCAUGUGAGGACCAAAGUAAAGAACAAGAUGAAAGAAAGAAGGCCAUGACCCUGCUCCUUUUUGGCAUCGAAGUGUGCAAGUUGCAGUUGAGACAGGGGAGAUACUUUCUUUUUGAACAUCCGGUUCAUGCCCGAUCAUGGAAAUGUCAAGCGUUGGGCGAACUGAGUGGUUCGGAGGGAGUCGCCAUGGUUGUGUUGGACAUGUGCAUGUUCGGCAUGAAAGACGUGGACACCGGGACUCCGAUAAAAAAGGGGACCAGACUUAUCGGAAACAUGGACAAGGACAUCAUGGACAAGUUGGGACACACCUGCGAUAAGAACCAUGACCAUCAGGUCUGUGAGGGACAGGUGAGACAUGCUGGGAAGUGGGUCAAUAGGACUAGGUUGGCGCAAGUGUAUCCUCGGCAAUUUUGUCAAGUGGUUUGUGAAUGCAUUGUUCAACAAAAACGACGAAGGGAACAAGGGCACUCCCCAAGGAGUGAGGUUCUUGCCGUUGAAGCUGUUGGAAAACAUGAGGGGGAACAUCAUGUUCGGGAAAGCAUUCGACGAGCCCACCAGAACUUAGGCCACCCUAGCACGGAAAGGUUUUGUUUGAUGCUGAAGCAUGCCGGAGCUUCCGAGAGUGCUUUGAGGUACGCUAGGGAGUAUAAGUGUCCCAUUUGUGAAAGUCACCAAGGACUCAAAGCUCCCAAGGUCAGUAAGGUCCGCCGUACGUUCGAGUUCAACUCCGGGGUUUGCUGCGACACGUUUGACUUGGAGAUUUUGGGGAAAAAGGUUUCGUUCUUGAGUGUCAUCUGCGAGGGUACCUCCUUCCACUUGGUCAUGCCGUUGUGGGCCGGUCGAAACGCCGAAGAGACUCGUCGAGCCUAUCGGAAACAUUGGAAGGCCACGUUCGGAGCGCCGAAACGCUUGUUUGCCGACAAUGGGUCGGAGUUCGAGGGACCCUUUCAGGAGGGACUUUGGUUGGACGGGACCUCGGAUGAGCGUAGCGCGGGUUUUUCCCCUUGGCAAAACGGGGUUUUUGGUCAGCAGGCCAGAAUUCCUGGCAUGGUGUAUGGUGGUGAGGACAACCUUCAUGUGGGUAUCAACAGUGGGUAUUUGGCUGGAGACGCUAGUUUCGUUCGAUCCGUUCAGAUGCGACAAGAAGCACGUAAAGCCUUCAUCGAUGCCGACAGCGAGGAUCGGAUUCGUCGUGCGGUUCUGAAAUGUUCACCCGAACAACUCCGUCGUUUGAGAGCCGAAGAUGAAGCCAGCAUUCGGCUCAUUCCUCAGGAGUUGAUAGAUUGGUCCCAUGUCAUUUCCAAGCGUGGUGUAGCCACGUACCACGACAUCUCAGCUGACCGGCGACCGCCCAGUGAAGAGGCUGAGAGUGGAAGAGAUUAUUGGGAACUGAACGGAAUACUUUUGAGACGAAUACAUGUACAACCUCGAAACCACCUGUAUGUUCCGUUGGAAGCUGACGAACCACCAGUCGAUUUGGCUAGAUUGAACAGUCGAAGAAAGACUAUGAUCAACUACCAAAACAUGAUCGCAGUGAAGAAGGAGAUGUUUGAUGACUGGCGAGAGGUUGGCGGCGGAGACAAACAAGCAGACUGGACAGGAUGUACUGUCUUCACCAUCAAAAGACAACGUGAAGAGAACGAGCAGUUGCAGGAUCUAUCAACAGAUGCUUAUGAUGGGCCUAGAACACAUCCAGUGCCUAUGCAAGAGGACGCACCGACAGGAACACCUAGCCUUUCAUACACACCAACUGAGGUACCAGAAGACGAACCAGUGGAUAGCACAGAGGACAACAACACAGGUCAGAUGAUCACAUCCACUGAGCCAACGCAUCCAACACCAACAGACAUGCCGAGUGCAUCACCAGCAGAGGUGACAAGCAGCAACAGUUAUGGACCAGUCCGUGAAACACCACUGACUAGGGCCAUGAGACAAGACCUUAGCCGACUUGAUACAGGGAGAAGACAGAGUCGAAACAUCCAUGACACGCUGCAGGCUGAAAUGGAUACAGGGCAGUGGACAGACAAAACAAGGAAGUGGAAGAUUUCUUGGGAUGAUGGAGUCCUUAUUCGACUCCAUGGAUAUCAACAAGGACCAUUCAAACCAAGUGAGAAGACAUGUCCUAUUCCACUUCAGUGGCUGACAGGCAAGAGAUAUUCCUUGAUCAGAACAGAAGGCAUCGAUGGCUAUACCGUUGUGAUCGACGAAGACUUCAACAAACCUGCACAGCAACACACAGAAUUGCAACAGUGGACUGGAUAUUCUGUUUUUGAGAUCAAAAUGCCUGACCUGGAACAUGACAUUCCGGAGGGAGAACAUGAGAUAUAUGAGGUGACCAUUUGGGAUGGCCUCAACAAAAACAAAGAUUUGGUUCUCGAAGAAAGCAAGAGAGCUGAAGUGGAGAAGCUGUUCAAGUACAAGGCAUUGAAGAUUAUCCCACCACAUGAGGCUCAACAAAUACGACGGAAAAAGGGAAGGAUCUUACCAUCCCGCUUCGUCAUCACGGAGAAGCCAGAUGAGAAAGAACCAGGCAAGUACAAGAAGAAAGCAAGAUGGUGCAUUCGAGGUUAUUUAGACCCCGAUCUCCACAAGCUCGAGAAGCAGGCACCUACCCUGUCGAGUGAGGCAUUGAGUCUUAUCCUGCAAGUCAGUGCCUCAAUGAAUUGGCCGCUCAACAUUGGAGAUGUGGAAGGAGCCUUCCUUCAAGGAGAUCAACUACAUCGUGACGAAGGUCCUCUAUACAUUGAACCUCCACCGGGAGGCAUGCCUGGAGAUACAGAAUACCACGGUUCUUUGGCAGUUCACGUUGAUGACUUGAUUUGUACAGGUACAGCAAUGUUCAAGCAACACGUGACAGACAAGCUGAGAGCAUUGUAUCCCUUUAAACAUUGGAAAACAGACGGAGGAGAGUUCUUGGGACGACAAAUUCACAGGACAGACGAGGGCUUCAUCAUAGAGCAGAGGGAGUAUGCAGAGAAGUUGAACACCAUCAAGAUUUCGCGAGAACGGAAAAGAGAGAAAGACCAACCAUUGAACGAACGAGAGAAGAGUCAACUUAGAGGAGUAGCUGGCGGUUUGAACUGGCUAUCAACAGCCACGAGACCAGACUUAGCAGCCAUGACAGCGAAGAUUCAACAGAACAUUCAGAAUGGCACUGUCGAGCACAUCGCAGAAGCAAACAAAGCAGUUGCAAAGGCUCGAGAUUUUAAACAUGUGGCUGUGAAGGUUAUUCCAAUUGAUUUACAACAACUCACCAUUUUGGUAACAGCAGAUGCAUCAUGGGCUACGGAAACAGACUUGAAGAGUCAAUCUGCAUACAUGGUUUGUGCCACAACAAAGGCAAUGCAUGAGGGCAAGGCAACACCAUUGACACCACUCAAGUGGAAAAGUCAGAAACAAGAAAGGGCAGUCAGCAGCACUUUAGCAGCUGAAUUGUACACUGUUUCAAAAGGUGUAGCUGAAGCCGUAUGGACAAAGCAAUUUUUCUUAGAGAUUUUGAAUUCAGAAUACAAUUUGAACAACAUUGACAAGUUGAGAAACAAUGUGGAUGUCAUUGCGGUCACCGACAACAAGCCUCUCUAUGAUCAUGUUCGAAAUGAUACAGGAAUGAUUCAAGACAAGCGGCAAGCAAUCGAAGUCCUGUUGCUGAGAAGAGAUGUGAAAGAACACCAAGUUAGUAUGCGCUGGAUCGAUACGAAACAAAUGUUGGUAGACUGUAUGACAAAACUCACGGUCAAGCCAACGCUUCUUCGUCAUGUCUUGCAUUCGAAUAGCUAUGCUAUCAUGGAGGAGCAAAGCAUGCUAGAGGCCAAGCGCACACAAAGACAGCACAGGAAGUCACACAUGCUACAACCCGGGAUGUGUGAAAUUCAGGACACCGAGGACGGACCCAUGUGUGACAGAACCAUGGGGUAG